UUUUUUUUUUUUAAUCGUCAAUGAAAAAAUGGAUACACGAUAUAACCAAUUAAUAUUAAUUUCUAAACGUGUUGAAAAAGCAAAUGAACAAUUAAAUGAAAUAAUUAAUAAACUAGGAUGGACACGUGAAGAGUUACAACAAUGGCAUAAUGAACAUAAAAAAUUAUUAAUUUGCCCAUUUGAUAAAAGACAUGUUGUACCUGAAAAUUCAAUGAAAAAGCAUUACAAGCAUUGCUUAUUAAAAAGUAGAGGAAUCUAUAUAAAAAAGAAUUCUAAUGAAAGAAAAAGAGAGAAAAAGUAUAGCACUUUAUUUUUUUACAAGAAUGCACCUUCUGUUAUUUCUUUUGUAGACGAUGGUAAUGAAGAAGAAGAAUCUAUAAGUUUAGCUUCUACACAAAAAUGUCAAAUUUAUGAUGAAUUAAUACAACGUUCAAAUCAACUAAGGCAACAACAUAAAAAAAAGUCUCUUUAAGAAACAAAGUAAGUUCUUAUUAUUGUAAAAAUAAAUUUGGUAUAUUAUUGUUGUUAUUGUUGUUGUUGUUAUCAUCAAAUAAUAAUAAGUUUAAUAAUGAUUGUUGCUGUUGUUGUUGUUGUUGUUGU